ACACUCGUCCACGUUCCCUCGACACGCCAACAUUUCAGGAGACCCCUCGCCGCCAAGCCCCUGCACUGCCAGCCUGCCCUGCCCGACGGACGCCGCGCGCACCAUGCAGCACCUCGACGACGGCUGCCCAUCCGACGACCGCACAUAGCCAGCCCGCCCUCCGCCGCGAGCACCGCACACGUCGGUGGCAGCGAGCAGCGACCAUCCAUGGCGUGGCCGUUUGGGCGCAGAGCCGGCAAGGCCGCUAAGGCCAAAGAGGUCCGAGCCGCCGCGGUUACAGACAGCACGCCGCCUGUCGCAGCCCGCUCGCACACGACUCACCGCACCCACGUCCCGCGCCGGGGGUCGCGCGAAUCGACGGGCUCGCUUGCCGACGUGGAGAAGGGCUCCGUCGCCACUGCCUUUGCCAAAGAGACGCGCCGCCCGCCCUCCAGCCCCGACGACACCACGGCCCUGCCCCAGCGACGCCGCCUCGAGCAGAGCCCGCACCUGCGCCCCGUGACCCAGGACCACGCCGGCAUCCCCUACAACUUCCACUCGCCCUCGCACACGAGCCUGCCCACCGCCCGCGAGCGAGGCAAGCUGCAGCGGCCCCAGUCGCUGCGCGCCCGCGACAACAGCAUCAUGCGCCGCAUGUCGAGCCGCCGCCGCCGCGACCACGACCACGUGCGCGAGGAGGAGAUCCGCGCCAUGGUGCUGCCCAUGCCCCAGAAGCGCCCCGCCGCCCACUCCGGCGCCGUGCUGCGUCGCGACAGCAAGAAGGUCAAGGGCGCCCUGAACCACCGCCUCGAGCGCCCCACGUCGACCAUCACCCUGCCGCUCGAGGACUCGAUCCACUCGUCCAUGUCGGGCCACUCCGAGAUCCGCGCCUUCCGCGUCAGCGCCUUCGACAUGUUCUCGCCCAGGCCCACCGUCCGCCUGUCCAUCAGCCCGCAGUACUACUACAAGGGCGAGCGCAAGUCGCCACACACCGACCAGGACAGCCCCGAGCCGCGGAGAGGGCGGCGGCCCCUGAGCAGCGACGAGGACACGGCCCUGAAGCGGACGAGCAGGAUCGACGACCUGGCCGACACCCUCGACGCGGGAGCCCUGCGCGAGAUCCUGGAGAGAGACAAGCGGCGCAGAGACCAGAAGGUCCGCGCCGAGCAGGAGCGUCUGCGGCGCCGGCUGGAGCGACGAGCAGAGAAGCAGAAGACUGCAGAAGCAGCGCCAGUCGGGCUGGGCGUGGGGAAGGAGACGUCAACGCCCAUGGAGGACGUCCGCCCAUCAACGCCACAGCAGCCACACAGACUGCAGACACUGCCCGUGACGCCCAGAGCAAACGACAACAGCCAACUCCCCACGCCACUAGACAGCCCCGUCGAGGAGCCCGUAGUUUCUGAUGCCCGGGCUAUCCGCUAUUCCCGUGGCAGCGUUUUCUCAGCCACGCACAAGCGCGGGCCCUCGAACAUCUCCGAGCUGCCAGAGCUGCUCUCGGAGAUGAUUGCUGCAGACACCAUAGAGGGCCCUGAGAACCAAGACCCCGCACUUCAUCCCGUUGUCACCGCGGAUACGACUGCUUCCAAACGAGGCUCCAGCCGCCGAAGCAGCAGCUUAGACAGGAUACGCCUAGGCGUCUUCGCUUCCAUCUUCCGCCGGGGAAAACGCAAUUCCCAGGACCGAGUGCAAACUACCCCAUCUGAGAUCUCCUUCUCAAACACCUCACGCGAGUCCAUGUCUCGCCAACCGCUUCCUGCUCACUUGGUCGGAACUGUCACCACCCCAAUCCAGAUACGUCGACCGUCCAGUGUUCCUCGACGCACAAUGUCCAAGUUCCGGGAAGACUUGCCCGAAUUUCCCCUUUCACCACCCGAUUCGCGGGUACAGUCUCCAGACGUUCCGUCCACCAGUCUCAUCGCGGCUCGCCGCAGAAACCGACACCCAAUGGAUAUCCGAGUGGAGUCGGUGAGCUCAAGCGCUGGUGCUCGAUCCGACUCCCCCGUCAGUCCAGGAGCACCGCCUCGCCACACGAUGUCACAGUCGCUCGCAUCCGUCGACUCUGAGGGCUCAUGGCUUUCUGGCAAGCCAUUGAAACGGGCGUCAAACAAAUCACAGAUGCGCUCCAGCAUUGGCUCAUCAGCCGUGCAACGAAACGAAGAGUUUGGCAACUCAUACGAAGAGCUUGGCAUGUCAGACGACGAGUACUUCAAGAGACUCAAUCCACAUCCAGAUGAGGGGCACAGAUCUGCGCACUCAAGUGGCAUUCUUAGAAACAAAGAAGGGGUACAACCCACAUCUGUUCCGAGACGAUCCCAAGAGGGGGAUAUCUUUCAAAGCACUGUUGGUCGCCAACCCACUAUCAUAAACCACCCGCCUCGCGUUAAAUCGACACAAGGCCUAUUGAGCUACUAUCUCAACGACAUGCCGUCUCCCGACGAGACUCCCCCCGACACCGCGGACGGGGAACCAGAUUCGCCCGUAUCGGACAACGAACCGGCUAUGGUGCAGCGUGCAAAGAGUGUUGAUCUCGGCAAGCACCACGUACGACACCUCAGUGCAGGCUCGGCUAAGCUUUUGGAUAUUCAAAAGCGAUCGAGUACACCCUCACACACCAGGCUGUCUGAACAGAACUGAGAGUUCUAUUAUCGGACGAUGAGAUGUGGUCCAGGAUUAUCUUGCUUACUUGCCGAACGUUCCAUUCAUUUACCUUUUCCUUUGUACUCUGUCUGUUUUAAUAGCUGUUUCCCUCACCAUAGUCACUC